UCGGCCUCCAGCUGUUGUUGUGACAACACCUCCUCUCUGAAGCCCUCCUCCAGCCCCUCCAACUUGGCCUGGUGGGAGAGAGGUGAGGGAGAGAGAUGAUGGAGAGAGAUGAGGGAGAGAGAUGAGGGAGAGAUAUGAGGGAGAGAGAUGAGGGAGGGAGAUGAGGGAGGGAGAUGAGGGAGAGAGAUGAGGGAGAGAGAUGAGGGAGAGAGAUGAGGG